AUGUCGUCAGGCCAGCAGGCGUGGCAUACGGCCAUGCUGGCCCCCGGUCGGACCAGCCCUGCAGCCACGGUGCCCGGGUCCCCCAGCUCAGCCAGCAGCCCCAGGUCCCCCGGCACCCCGAGCUCGGAGAAGGCGGCCUCCCCGCUGGAAUGCUCCAUCUGCUUCUCGGGCUACGACAACCUCUUCAAGACGCCGAAGGAGCUCUCCUGCACACACGUCUUCUGCCUGGAGUGCCUGGCACGGCUGGCGGCCGCCCAGCCAACCGGCCAGCCGGGCAGUGAGGCCGUGCCCUGCCCGUUCUGCCGGCAGCCUACGGCUGUGCCUGCCGCCGGGGCCCCCGCGCUGCGCACCAGCCGCCAGCUGCAGGCCAGGAUGCCGGCGCACCUGCGGCGGGAGGAGCCCGUGUGGCUGGAGGGCACGAAGCUGUGCUGCCGCCCGCCGCCCUCCGCGCCGGGCCUUCCCGAGCCUGGCUUCGUGUGUGUGGACGUGGGCCUGAGCAAGCCUGCCCAGCCCGCCGCACCCACGCCCACUCCAGACCCCGCGCGCCACCGGGGCCGCCUGGCCCGCUGCUGGGCCCGCUGCAGGAACUGGAGGCGGGUGGCGCUGGUCACAGCCCUGCUGCUGGUGCUCUCCUGUGUGGUGCUCUGGCCCGUGCAGUGCGCGCUCAAGACUGGGAACUUGCACUGCCUUCCUCAGCCCUCCGCGGCCACGGCCACGGCCACGGCCACCGCUUUCUCUUCUGGGCCCCUGGCUGACAACUAG